AUGGCCUGCCGGCCGCGAAGCCCCUCUGGCUACGGGAGCCGCCGCGACGGCGACGCCAGCCCGCCGCCCCCGACGAGAUGGAGCCUCGGACGGAAGCGCAGAGCCGACGGGAGGCGCAGGAAGCCCGAGGACGCCGAGGGCCCCGCGAAGCCGGCGGGCGACGGCCGACCGGACAGUUUUACCACUCCUGAAGGCCCGAAGCCCCAUUCUAGAUGUUCAGACUGGGCAAGUGCAGUUGAAGAGGAUGAAAUGAGGACCAGAGUUAACAAAGAAAUUGCAAGAUAUAAAAGAAAACUCCUCAUAAAUGACUUUGGGAGAGAGAGAAAAUCCUCAUCAGGAAGUUCUGACUCCAAGGAGGCGGGGUCCACGGUGCCAGCUGACUUAGAGACAGAUGAGAGCGUCCUAAUGAGAAGGCAGAAGCAGAUCAACUACGGGAAGAACACCAUCGCCUACGACCGCUAUAUUAAAGAAGUGCCUAGACACCUUCGACAACCCGGCAUCCAUCCCAAGACCCCCAACAAAUUCAAGAAGUAUAGUCGACGAUCGUGGGACCAGCAGAUCAAGCUCUGGAAGGUGGCUCUGCAUUUUUGGGAUCCUCCAGCUGAAGAAGGAUGUGAUUUGCAAGAAAUACAUCCUGUGGACCUCGGGGAGAUGGAGACUGAGUCUGCAGAAAGCAGCUCCGAGUCCCAGACAAGCUCUCAGGAUAACUUCGACGUGUACUCUGGCACACCCACUAAAGUCAGGCACGUGGACUGCCGAGUGGAGGACGAGUUUGAUUUGGAAGCUUGUUUAACUGAGCCCUUGAAAGAUUUCUCAGCCAUGAGCUAACUGAUGCCACCUGGAGGCCACUGGGAGCGAGAGUUGCCUCCACCUGGCAGGUUGGGGGCCGGACGAGCAUGUGUCCUGUGUUGGUAACCGGAUGGUUUCUGUUCCUGGUUCAUUAUCGCAUUAUCUCAUGGUGAAUUGUUAUUCUUGCCUUAUUAUCUUAAGAAACGUUAAUUUUAUGUAUAGUGAAUGUAUCUUGCAUGUUUUAAAUUGUAUGUGGAACUAAAUCCAAGGAAAAUUGAACUUGACGCAGUCUUGAAAACUUAGUUGCUUAAUCUCUACCAUCCAAGUUAACUUGACAAGCAUAUUUUAACUGGUUUUCUACCAGUAUGUUAGACGUUAAGUUGUUACUUGUCAGAUGGCUGGUUUGGGGUUAGUCGCACAUUCAUGGGGCCAGUCAUGCAUCAGCUUUCUUUACUGGUAGCUGAGUAUUCUCAUAAUUGGAUAACUUUAGUAUCUUUAUGGAAACUUAAUUUUGGGCCCUUUUGUCAGUACGUCAAGGUGUGUUUUUUUUCCCUCCUACAGAGCACUGAAUAGUCGAAGGUAGUAAAUUGAGCUGUUAAGGGAUUUUAUGUAAGUUACACAGUCUUAAUUUGGUACUUGUAAAUAGCGCUAGGUAGGCCUUCUACCUGUAAUACUCCAAGAGUUAAGGCAGCAGAGGGGUUUAGAAAGAACAUUUUUUACAGUCAUUUAAUUUACCAUGUAAAAUUGCUGUAAAUGAUAACGUGUACAGAUUUUCUGUUCAAAUAUUCAAUUGUAAACUUCUUGUUAAGACUGUUAUGUUUCUAUUGCUUUUGUAUGGAAUGAUAUUACAAAAAUAAAAAGAA